GCUGUUCAGCCAGGCCUCUGGUGCCAAGCUCCCCCUCCCCCCCGGGAGCUCCCAGGCUGCCGGGAACUGCCUUGGAAGCUUCUAGAGCCUGGGGUGAGCAGCCGCACCCCCCCCCCAACGACCCUCAGCAGCUGGUCGCUCCCUGUCAAGCCUGGCUGGUCGCACUGGGGCCCCUCCCUGGAAGACAGUGGUGAGGUCCCAGGAGCCAGUGCGGGGAGGGCACAGAGCCCCCCGCAGGUGCCCUCAGCCUCGGCUCCCUCCAUGGGCUCCCCUCCGCCCCGAGCAGGGCCUCAGACAGGACUCGGGCCUGGUCAGGCAGGUGCGGGUGGGCGCCCAGUGUGUCUGAGGGGUGGUUCCAGCGAGCCUGGAGCCGAGGCCCGUCAGGUGCCCUUGGGUCCUGCGUACGGGCUGGAGGAGGAGCCCAGCCCCAUGGCACGGGUCCUGCUGCCCUCACUGCCCCUUGGGCCUCGGGGGGGAGGUCAGGGGCCCCCAGAACCCCAGGGCCAGCCCAAGCCUGUGGGGGGAGGCCUGGCCUCCAUGCUCAUCUAACCUAACGCAGGCACAGCAGAGCCUUCCGCAGGCCCCCACAGCACGUGAGCGUCGGGGCCUCAUGUGGGGCCGCUUGGCUGUGUGUCCUUGGGCAGGUCCGGGAGUGGCGAAGUAGUGGGGGCUUCAGGGAGAAAGCACCUCUCUUGAGUUCCCAGGGUCCACAUGAAACAGCUGUGACUAGAAGCUUCCCCCAGGCCAUCUGCCCUUUCGUCAUUCAACAGACACUCUGCGUGAGCCUGCCAGGAUGCAGCCCACCCCUGCUUGUCACCGGGUCCCAGGGCCGGAGAUGGCGGGGUUGGGGGGGCUGGUCUUCACUUGGAUUUCGGGCCGUGGAGAGAGGCAGGCGUUUGCCCCGCAAUCAUCUGUUCCCAUUUGGGGCAUCUGCCUGGAACAUUAAGAGGCCUGUGUCCCCACGGAAGUUGAAGGACAUGACCCUUCUCCCGUCCGGCCCCGCUUGGACCCACGGAAAGACAGGGGGCUGCAGGCUGGGCCUCGGCCACGGCCCCCCUGACGCCAGGGCAGCCUGUGGGCUCGAGACGGGGUGGGGCGCCUGGUCCUGGGGACAGGAAGUUUGUCCACAGGCCACGGAUGGGCGCGUCACAGGGAGGGCGGCUGCGGCCCAGGCUCUUCCUGCCUGCCCGCCCGGACUUGCUCUCCUGAGGAAGUGGCAGCCCCUGGGCCGUGACUCAGUGUUGAGGCCCAGCCCUGAGCAGCAGGCGGCAUCGCAGCUUCAUGCCAGGGCCUUGCCACCCCCGCCUCCUGAGGCUCCCCUUGGCCCUUCGGGCAGAACGACGGCAUGGGGACCCUGCAGGACCCCAAGGGACGUGGCUUCCAAACAGCACGCGAGGUUGGCUCCCUCACGAGCACCCGCUGCUUCCCGUCCUCCCCAUGGCCCGCAACGCCCACCCAAGGCGGGGGCCAGAGCCUCGUCGCCCGCCCCCCAGCGUGCCCACUGACCCUCAAGAGCGCCUGCGACCUCAAGAACGCCUCACCAGUGGCCAGGGCUGCUGUGGCCCUGAAGGCUCCGUGUCGGGAGGAGGUGGAGGCUGAGUCAGGACCCUCCUCCUGGGGACAGUCCGGGGUCGGGGGGUGCAGCAUGGGUGGAGCCAGGGCAGGGGGUGGGGCCUGACCCCUUGACCCCCUCUGGCUCCCCCUGGACAUCCAUACCAUCUGGGCCCUCCCAAGGCCUCCUCCGGCCAGGGGCACCCCACCCCUCUCUGCCCACUUCCACGGAGGGUGACGAGUCCCCAAGGGAAAGAAGGGGACAGCCUGACCAAAGCCCUGGUUCCCACACAUCACACACGGAUGCUCCUCCCCGCGGGCCCCGGCCUGGACCAGGGCUGUCUGUGGGGGGAGGGGUGCUGAAUCGGAGCUCCUCCUUCAGCAGAUCUGCAUGGACCCGGCUGGUGCCAGGACCCCAGCGCAUGGCAGGGGUGGACAGCGACCAGGCAGUGGUGGGGCCACGCCAAGUGCGGGCAUGUGGGGAGGGGAGGCAGAGGCUCCAGCAGUGCCAGCUCCAGGCGGGCUGUGCAGGGAGUGGGGAAGGUCACGCUGCCAGCCACUGGCGCCCAUGGCGCCCACGAGACCCAGAGGCCAGGUGGAGCAGACCACUGCGGGCACUCAGGGAGACCAGGGAGCGGGGCACAGGGAGGAGGGACGUGCAGAGAGAGGGCUGUGUGGCCCUGUGGGCAGCCGUGCUCCUGUGCCAACCUGAGGCCCAUUGGCCUGAGCUGCCAGGAAGAUGGAAUUGUUACAACCCAAGCAGGGGGCCGGGAAGGGGGCUGAGCCAGGGCAGGAGCCCCUGGGCAUCUAGCAGGAGAUGCCUGCUCUGGUCUGUUCCAGCCAGGGCAUGGCCAGGGCGCUGCUGGGAAGGGGGUUCUAGAGAGGGCCCUGGCAAAAGGCUGCCCCCCCGCUCAGGGAUGCCCCAGCCCCAUGUCCCCAAGAAAGCCAGGCAGCCACCCCUCCACAUGGUGGUUUAUGCCGGGGGGCUAGGCUGUCUGUCCUGGAAGGCAGAUGUGCCCGGGAGGGGUGUCCCCCACCCGCACAGACAGAAGGGCCAGGCUGCUGCUGGAGAAAGGGGGCAUCUGAGAGGACAAGUGCCAGUUUGGCUGGGAGGUGGGCAGGGGUGGAUGCAGGGACAAGAGGCGUGGCCCUGGGCGGGAGAGCUGCACUGCCUGGGGGCAGGCAGCGGAUGCCCCCCGUGGCUGCUGUGCUGUACGCAGCUGGAGCAAGGCAGGGCUUCCCCCGCUGUCCGCAGCCCAGGGCCUCUGCCUCGCCUGGGACUGAGCAGGUGUGACACACCGCAGCUGGGGCCGGGGGUCCAGGCUGGGGGAGGAGGGAGGGUGGCCGACGACUGAGCAACCAGGUACAGCUUCCUGCAGCUCACGGCCACACCAAGGGCGUGUGGCUCCGUCCCUGCCAAGGUGAAGGCCGUGGCCCUGAUGUGGGCAUGUGGCCUCCGGUUAGCGUUUCAGCUCUGUUCCCAUGGAAACCAAGUUUGGAGACUCCAGCGACCCUGACCCCCACCUGGUGGCCUGCGUGCGAGCAGGAGAGCCACAGGAAGGUGUGUGGCCAACUCCCGCGCCCGCUCCACGCCCCCUACGUGGACACAGGCGUCCGCUCUCCCCGGCGAGCGAACCCUGCAGCCAGCACCACCCUCUGCAGGUCCGUGGACGCCGACCUCAGGAUCUGACGCUCGUUCCAUGGGGACCCAAGGACCCACCCUGCCCAGCGGGUCCUCCCCAGGCCAGGCACCACCACCGCUCAGGAUUUUGUCAGAGCAAAUUGGCAGCAGGCGGCUGGAAUUAGAACCCAGUGCCCCUCAGGCCACGGUGCAGCCCAGGCCUGGGCCAGGCGUCCCUCUGGAGCCCGCACCUCGGCCACGCAGGGUGUUGCUGGGCCUCUUUGUGGGGACUGAGAGCCGGCAGGGGGAACAGCACGGCUCUGAGGGUGGCCUCCCCCACGUGGGGGCACACUGCUGGCAGCACCGUGCCCUCCAGCUGCAGGGCCCUGGCUGGGGAGCCCAAGGGCCCGGCCGCAUCGCACACCCCGUCUCCCGCUGAGGCCGCCAGGCUAGGGAACAGCUCAGAGCAGCUCUGGGAGAGCCCUGCCCGCUGCACCGCGAGAACAGUCUGGCGUCGGGUCCACCCGCCCGCUGGCCCCAGGGGUGACAGGGUAACCUUCACCGUGCUGGGCCCCCAGUGGGCAGCUCUGCCGUGGUGUGGCUCCCACGUCACAAGGGGAAAGAGCGAGGAGCCGUCUAGCGAGUGGGGCCCCGCGGGCUGAGCAGGUGCAGAGGCCAAUCCCAGGCCCUCGGGGCUCCGCACCAUGCACCUUGCUGGCCUGUGGCCAAGCCCCUUCCUGUUCUCAUGCUCGGGACAGUGAGGAGCCAAGCGGCCACGUCCUCACCUCCCUGGGGGGCUGGCGGUGGCCCUGGAACCCGCCUGGCCACUGGUCAGGAGGAGCCCACAGGGCGCUGGGAAAACCCGGAUUCCUACGGGCCGGGGGUGAGGGCAGGCGGGCACCAACGGCCAUGAGCAACGUGCUGGGAGACGCCUCGCUGACGGGCGGAGGCAGGAAUUGGGAGAGGAGGGCUGCACUGUGGGCGCCCAUGAACCUGCACCCCAGCCUUUGGCCCUGCAGGCAAUGGCAGGGGCUGAGCUCGCAGGGAGGACAGGCCAAGCCCCAUCCCAGCCCUUGGGGGGUCCCUGCCCCGAGCAGCGUCCGCUCCGUCACACCCAGCCUCCUAGCCGUGCUUGUCACAGCACCGUGCAUGGCGGCCUGGGGCGCAUAUGAGGGUCUCGAGAGUAUCGGCUCAGUGAAGGGCCUAUUUUUAAAAGCCAGUAAGUUAAAAUAAAUGCAAUGAAUUCCACAAAAAUGUGCAAUAUUUUCCCUGGAUUA